AUGAGAGUUAUCCGUCAAUUACACACUUCUAAAAGAUUGUUGCAAUCUUUAGUCGAUAAACAAAAAUACCAGGCAACCACUUAUGCCAGACCUAAUCAUUUGGUUCUGACUAGAGGUAAGAACGCCAUUCUUUAUGAUGAUGUUAACAAUAAAGAAUAUAUUGAUUUCACUGCUGGUAUCGCAGUAACUGCUUUGGGACAUGCCAAUCCGGAAGUGGCUGAGAUCAUGUACAAACAAAGUAAGAAACUGAUCCAUUCUUCUAACUUGUACUAUAAUGAGGAAUGUCUGAAGUUGAGUGAAAAUCUAGUGGAAGCUACUAAAUCGUUUGGUGGUCAAUACGAUGCAUCCAGAGUUUUUCUAUGUAAUUCCGGUACCGAAGCCAACGAAGCUGCAUUGAAAUUCGCCAAGAGAUACGGUAUCCUAAAAAGCCCAUCGAAGCAAGGUAUAAUUGCGUUCCAAAACUCUUUUCAUGGUCGUACCAUGGGUGCUUUGUCUGUUACCAGUAAUCCAAAAUAUCGUGAACCAUUUGGUUCUUUGAUUCCCGGAGUGGAAUUUUUAAAUAUUAACGAUGAGCUGACCAAAUUGGAUCAACAAGUUUCUAGCUUGAAAGAAAAGACUGCUGGGUUGAUUGUGGAACCAAUUCAAGGUGAAGGUGGUGUGUUCCCAAUCCCAUUGGACACUUUAGUUGGAUUAAAGAAAAUUUGUGAGGAUCACGAUAUUAUUGUCAUUUACGAUGAAAUCCAAUGUGGUCUAGGUCGUUCAGGCAAGUUAUGGGCACAUUCAUACUUGCCAAAGGAGGCUCAUCCAGACAUCUUCACUACAGCCAAGGCACUUGGUAAUGGAUUCCCUAUCGCUGCUACUGUGACCAAUGACAAGGUAAACGAUAUUCUAAAAGUUGGUGAUCAUGGUACCACUUAUGGUGGUAACCCAUUGGGUUCUGCUGUCGGUAACUAUGUUGUUAACGUCAUUGCCGAACAAAAAUUCUUGGAUGAAGUUAAUAAGAAGGGUGAGAUUAUCACUAACCGUUUGAGAAAGCUACAAGAGCGUUUCCCAGAGCAUAUCAAAGAUAUUAGAGGGAAGGGUUUAAUGAUUGGUUGCGAUUUUGACGAGGCACCAGCAAAAAUUGUUGAUGCUGCUAGAGACAGUGGUCUUUUGAUUAUUACCGCUGGUAAGACAACAGUCAGAUUUGUUCCGGCUUUGACCAUUGAAGACAACUUGUUGGAGAAAGGUUUGAACAUUUUUGAAAAAGCCGUUGAAAAAGUAUACAGCUAG